UUCAUCAUGAUUGUUCACUGUGUCAUUCAGGACAUUCUUGGGAGUGUUCGUAAACGAAAGGACUGAAAGGAGUAUGGCUGCCAGAACCCCUUCAGAUAAUACUAACGCUUUAUUACGUCUUCACGCGCAGAGUUAGAUAAUUCGUUGGUCUCCUUUCCCCAUCGAUUAGACCGGUGUGGACAGUAGGACACUGUACGAUGAAACGAGAGCUUCCAUUGUCUUCAUUGGCAGUAUUCUGCAGAUAUUAGACAGAUAAAUCAGUGUUGCCAGAGAGGCAAAGAGGCCAUGGCAGCAUCCCCUUGUGUCUGGUUUAUCACGGCUCUGCUGCCGUUCGUAGGCUAUCUUAUAGCUGUUUUCCUACACGCUCCCAAGCAGUUUGAUGGCGUGCGACAAAUUACGACGCGAUACCUCAAUUCUGUCGCAGAAAAAAGGUCCGAGCCUAAGUCAAGUGAUUUGGCUUCCGUCAGUGAUAGAAUGAGCCCAUUUCUUAUGAUGCCUGAAGCAGUCGGAGACUGGAAGUUUCAUUCACGGCGGAAAGAAGCUCCUCCCGACCCAUUCCCAGUUGCCAUGGAGACCGAAGCGCAGGUUGCCCUGCGCCAGGCCAAGAGCAUGUACGAGAGUGGACGCACCGAGAAAGCCCAGCGUCUCUUCCAGCGCGCGCUGCAGUUCUCGCCUCGCUCGGCCGAUGCCCUCAGUGCGUACGGCGAGUUUCUGCACCGCGAGAAGGAACCGCUGGAGGCAGAGAAGCUGUUGGCCAAGGCGUUGCAGGUACGUCCUGACCAUCCGGACGCACGGCGUAUCCUGAACAUGAACUCGGCCGUCGUGGAGGACAUCGACCGCGCGCUGUUCGUCGCCGUCGACGCUAAGCGCAACUCGCUGCUGAAGGUGCCGCACGACGACCCGGCCUUCAUCCGCGCCGUCCGCGAGAACUACGUGCGCCAUGUUUACCAUAGCAACGCCAUCGAGGGCAACACGCUGACGCUGAGCAUGGUGCGCUCCAUACUGGAGACGGGGCUGGCGGUGGCCGGCAAGAGUAUACGCGAGCACAACGACGUGCUCGGCCUGGACUUGGCACUAACUUUUGUCCACCAGUCCACGCUGAAGCGGCUUGAGCUCACCGUGGAGGAUGUCAUUGAGCUCCACCAGCGUAUCAUGGGCCACUCUCAACCGCUGGAUGCCGGCAAGUUCAGAGACACCCAGGUGUUCGUCUCCAAGCAUGUACCGCCAUCUCCGAGACAUCUUCCUGACCUGAUGGACAAGUUUGGUCAGUGGCUGGUCUCAGCGGAGGCUGCAGCAAUGCACCCUAUAGCCCGCGCUGCCAUGGAUCACUUCAAGCUGGUGCACAUUCACCCGUUUGUGGACGGCAACGGUCGCCUAUCUCGUCUGCUCAUGAACAUUCGACUCAUGCAGGGCGGCUACCCACCUAUUAUUGUACCCGUUCAGGAGCGCUACACCUACUACGAGAUGCUCUCACUCGCGGACGGUGGAGACCCGCGGCCGUUCAUCCGCUACGUGGCGAACCUGACGGACCGCACUCUCGAAGAGUACCUGCUAUUCACGCAGAAACAGAUCGUGGAGACCGCUGUUCCCGUGGUGGAUGCUGAGCCGGUUGCAGCCGACCCCACUGCGACGGCUCAAUCGGCGGAAGAGCCCGAUGCCGAUGUGCAUGAUCAGAUCCAUCAUAAAUUUCAUCCUUGAGUGAGUGCUGCGCGUUGAAUUCUACUUUCUGUGGCCUUGAGGGAGCGUUGAUAAUUAUUCAGCAAUAUAUCUGUUUAUUCGCAGUCAUGCUCUGCUUGUGGUCGUGUUUUGUGUUAUCUAUCCUGUAUACUUUUUGAGAGAGAGGUGUUUGUGUGGGUAUGUGGGUGUGCAUCAUCUUAAAUUAUUCUGACUUUUCUAGACCGAAUUAGGUACCCCUGCUGGUCAGGUGUGAGUUAUAUAUUUUUUGUGUGUCUGAAGUAUUUUUUUAUCUAUCUAAUCUCUCGACAUGACAAUGAAGUACCGAGUGAGUGAUAAAACUUA